AGUUUAUCGUGUACGUGGAAUUUCAAUUUUCUGAAAAGAAAUUUAAAUUUACUGUAUACAUUUAGUUGUGUUAGAUGUACAUAUGGCAUUAUAAAAAUGAAUUUAUAAAACUGUGAAUAUAUAUUUAUUUAUAAAUUAGUUUCGAGUUUAUCAGCAUACUGCGAAUAUAACUAUUCAGCAAUAGAACAAAGUAAUAAAAUAUUGCGGCGAAAUUUUACAAAAUUAACAUAUUUUUCGAAAGCAUCAGCCUGUUGGCUGCAAAAAUAUUUCAAAUGCGUGCUUUGGGUAUAUCUGUUCUUAGCCUGGCGCUAACGUGUAUUGUAAUAGGAAAUGCAUACUAUCAGAAGAAACAAUUCUAUCCAUCUGUAGUCUACAUUACCAAAUCUAAUCCAAGCAUGGCGGUAAUUUAUGUCCAAUCACUUGUACUGGUUCUGAUGUUGGGGAAAUUAAUGAAAAAGGUUUUCUUGGGAACACUACGAGCAGCGGAGUUUGAACAUUUAAUGGAACGUUUCUGGUAUGCACUAACAGAAACAUGUCUAGCUUUUACAGUUUUCAGAGACGAUUUCAAUCCAAAAUUCGUAGCACUAUUCACAGUACUAUUGUUUUUAAAAUCAUUUCACUGGUUAGCUGAAGAUCGCGUGGAUUACAUGGAGCGAAGCCCUGUUAUUGGAUGGAUAUUUCAUUUAAGAGUUGCGGGAUUGUUGGCAUGCUUAGGUUUACUGGAUUACCAACUUAUCGCAUAUGCAUAUCAGUCGACUGUUGCUAAAGGUGCAACCGUUCAAUUGGUGUUUGGCUUUGAAUAUGCUAUAUUGAUGACAAUGGUACUUAACACGACUAUCAAAUAUAUUUUUCAUGCCGCAGAAUUGCGUUCCGAUACACCCUGGGAAAAUAAGGCGGUGUUUUUACUAUACACUGAACUUAUUAUCGGUUUCAUUCGUGUAGUUCUCUACGUUAUUUUUGUAAUACUUAUGGUGAAAAUUUAUACAUUACCUUUGUUUGCGUUCCGGCCAAUGUACUAUACAAUGAGGAACUUCAAAAAAGCAUUAAAUGAUGUAAUAUUAUCAAGACGUGCAAUUCGAAAUAUGAAUACGCUUUAUCCAGAUGCCACACAGGAUGAAUUACAAUUGUCUGACAAUAUCUGUAUCAUUUGUCGGGAAGAUAUGAUCAAUAGCUCAAAAAAGCUACCGUGUGGUCAUAUUUUUCACACUGCCUGCCUACGAUCUUGGUUUCAACGACAACAGACCUGCCCAACAUGCCGUUUAAAUAUUCUAAGAACACCUAUAACGACUAUUCAUCCUAAUCCCGUUCCACCAACCGGUACCGAAACAAAUAAUUUGAUAAACCCAAACGACGGAAAUCGAUCGACAUCAGCUGGGAUUGGCGUUUCCGUGCCACCAACAUUACAAACGGCUGCUAAUGCAUCAAAUGUUUCUGCCGUUUCGCUCGUUACUGGAACACCCUUGGCAUUCCAUCCACUUCCUUUUGUGGGACUGCCUUCAUACGAGAUGCCUUUGCCUCCUGCUCCACCUGCUUUAGAAACAUUGACCGAUGAAGAAUUAAGAAGAAUGGAAGGAAACGAGCGGCAUCAUAUUGAAGAGCGAAUUAAGCAUCUUCAAAAUAUUCGCACCUUGAUGGAUGCAUCCAUUGCAUUAAUGAAUCAAUAUACAGCAAUUGUAGCGCGACUACCGACAGCUUCUAUGCAAAUGGAAAGUAAUUUCGCUAGCGCUGAAAUGUCAUCAAUGGUAUCAUCGGACACUUCUACUCCUUCUCAGAUGCAUACUCUCACAGACGUAAAGCAAAAUACACAAGACGGUGCUUUUCUAAAAGCAACCAAAAUAACUGCGGCAAAGCUUGAAGAUCUGGGUAGUGACGAUGAAUCUAUCGUUGUCGAGGAGUCUCUUCCUAAUCCAAGCAAAGAACGUUUGAUCACAACAGAUCAGCAGCAGCCUAAUGUAGUAGAAUCCUCUUCUAGCAGUAGAAGCAACAUCAGUCAUUUCGAUGAUUCUGAAAAGAUAGAAAUUCGUCGCAGACGCCUAGAAAAAUUCGAUUCAAGGACAGGAGCUGAUUGAGGUACUCAAGUUUUUCCAUGCGAGUGUGUUGUGAUUUUAAUGUAAAAAUACUAAUUUGUAAACUGAGUUGGUAAUCAGCUGAGCUAUGGACGCUAGGUUACAUGUGAAAUACAUACAAUUAUAUGCUUA